AAAAAAGAAAGUGCCGGGAAAAUGUAUAUCAAACGCCCACCUAUUAAAGAGCUCCAUCCGAAAAGUAAAGUAAGUUGCUGUCAGGAGUCGAAUUUAGUGUUGCUGCCUUUUGCUAUGAGUAGAAAACAUGGUGGUAUAGGUGCACCAAUGUAUGUGACAUUUUUGAUAUUGUGUUGCGCCAGUAAUUUCGAUCUUGCCAAAGCGCGGGCGUCUGGCACGGACCCUGCCGCCGCAGCAGAUCUAUCUGCUACGACGCUUACAGCAACAACUGCACAUGCGAAUCACAAGCAACAUCAUCGUAGUACCCUGCAAUACGCACACAAUAAUUUUACCCAUUUGCAUGAAAGAAGUGCAACGGAUUUUAUGGCGGAAAAGGGUGGCGUUAGCGCUGGUAGCAGUAUGCCAGAUGUUGCGGUACCUUUGGCGGCGCGUACGCCUGAUGCCCGAACAAAUGCAGGUUGUCCGCCCACCACGAGUUCACAUUGUCUGCGCUGCAACAGCGAGGGCUGCAUUAAGUGCCCCGCCUAUCUGAUGACCGACACACGUCAGUGUGUGGAGCAAUGUCCUUCCGGCUACAUCGAUCAAUGGUCGGCGCAUACCGAAUUUAUGGGACGCGUCUGCGUCUCCACCGGUUACUCGGGUCCGCUCAUGGCCGCUAUUGCAGGACUAAUAGGCGGCUUUGUGGUUUGUCUCACGCUACUAGCUGUCGCCAUGAUGGUGGUGCGACGUCGACGUAGACGUAAAUCCAUCAAACAGAAGCUGAUCAACGAGAAUACCAUGGAUCGUUCCGAUUUUCUGCGACAACUCAAUGAAAUGCGUCCGAAUGCAGAAUAUUUUCUAGCGAUGCUCAACGAUACGCGACGCCAAAUACGCAAGUUGUAUUUGUCGGGUGAGGUGGGCGCAGCGAAUUCCUAUCGACCGAUAGUACGCGAUCUUGCCAAAAUACUGAUACUGUUGAAUCGGCCAAUCGAAUUGAUACCGGCGGCACCGCACGACUGGAAUCGUUUGUACACGUGGUCCGAACAAGCAUUAGAGCGUUACAAGCCGCAAGUGGGUCACUUAAUCGAUUUCUUUCAGCCCUCCGGUGGCGGACGCGGCAGCAGCAGCGUGGGCAUUACCGAUGACUUCGAUGCAACGUUCUUCCCACAGAAGAACAACGUCUACCGGCAGAGCAUGUUGGCGGGCUCGGGUCAGCAAAAGCUACACAUGUUCGGCUCGCUCAUCAGCUUGCAUGAAUUUGAGGAGCCGCGCCCUUCCGAUCCCUUCGGCAGCAGCUUCAACACGCUCAAAAGUGGCAAUCUGAUAUCGGAUCUCAAUGCGAGUUCGUUAUGGCUGGAAGACGAAUUCUAUAAAUUGGGCUUUCGACCGCAGGACGAAAUCACGACUGAGUUAUAAUGUCUGCUGUGUGUUUUUUGUUUGUAUCGUUUCUCAAAUAGAUUUGUGUUAGUUUUGUUUUACUUAUUUUAUAUGGAUUAGCUU